AUGGACCUUGGCUAUAUCCAUAAUGAAUAUCAGCGGUGGACGAGCCUCCUACCCGACGUAAAACCAUUCUACGCUGUCAAGUGCAACCCGGACGGUCAGAUUAUCAAGCUCCUGACGGCAUUGAAUAGCGGUUUUGAUUGCGCAUCACGAAAUGAGAUGGAACUGGUGCUGUCAAACGGAGCAGCGCCAGAAAGAAUUAUCUUCGCAAACCCAUGCAAGAAAAUAUCCGAUCUGGAAUAUGCGCAACGCUCUGGAGUGAGGAGAAUGACAUUCGAUAACGAGGCAGAACUCCACAAGAUUCGGCAGUGGCUCCCAGAUGCUCAAUUAAUCCUGAGAUGCUUAGCCUCCGAUCCAUCUGCCACGUAUUCGUUGGGGUCCAAAUUCGGGGCGUCUUCAGCCACUUCGGUCAAGCUUCUGCAAUGUGCGAAGUCGCUAGGUCUCUCUGUCAUGGGAGUGAGCUUCCAUAUUGGCUCUAAUGCAAAGGACCCGACUGCAUUUGACAAAGCCAUCCAAAAUGCCCGCGACGUGUUCGACGCUGGCCGGCGUAUCGGCCAUGACAUGCACCUGCUAGACAUUGGUGGCGGUUUCUCAGCUCAUAGCUUCGAUGCUAUGGCUAAGUCUAUCCGGCUCUCUAUUGGCAGAUACUUCUGCGGCAUCAAUGUUGAGCUCGUAGCGGAGCCCGGCCGUUAUUUUGCGGCGGGCGCGCUGACAUUGGCUUGCGGAAUCAUUGGGCGGCGGGAUGCCACCGAGAAUGAUGAGGACAAAGAAAGUCGACAUAUGAUCUAUAUAAACGAUGGUGUAUACGGUACUUUCCUCUGCAACAUCUUUGAGCCCGGGCCGCAACCAAAGAUUCUUCGCGCAUCAGGCGAGUUUUAUCCCCUGGACAGCGAGGAUGAGGAUGAAACAUAUACCAUAUGGGGCCCAACAUGUGAUGGAACAGACUGCAUCGCCGAAUCUGUGGCCCUUCCAAAGUCACUCGCAAUCGAUGAUUGGCUUUAUUUUCCCAACAUGGGUGUUUCAAUGGCUUUCAUUGCGACCGAGAAACAAUAUACGUGUCCAGUGACCUCGCAGCGGACGUCUGUCUACGACCAGAAUGCUGCCGUGGACCGUCCCACAAUCUGUCUGUUCUCUCGGCUGUACCGACAAGUGCAUAGGGGUUUAGGUCGUUUCAUAUUAGCCUAG